ACCUAUUAGGUUAAUUACCCUACGGCGUCGUAAUCGCACUUCUACUAAAAUAAUAGUAGUUAGACAAAGUGCGUAAUUCAAUAUAAUAUAAAACAUGAUGACGCGAACAAUUCUGCGGUGCGCUACGUUUUACUACUGUUUUUGAAAAAAAAAAAAAAUAAGAAAAAGAAAAUGAACGCGACGGGGAGUCGGUUGCGGGGAAAAAAAAAUAUCACUGAUAAAAUGUAAGUUUCUCCGCUCGCUGCGUUUUUGAGGAUCGUUUCGAGGAGCAAAGCAAAGAAAGCGUCGCGGCUCCAUUUACCGAGAGUCCCGCUGACUUCCUGUGAAAGACACAAAUGGAGCUGAAGGCAGCGGCCCGUCCAAACUGUCCGAAAUGUAACCCACAGCGGCGGGCGCUGAACCCACAACAUGCCAGGGCAGAAAAGAAAGUACAACGUUCGCUUCCCACCAGGUCGCAUCAAGAAGAUCAUGCAGAAGGACACGGAAGUGGGGAGGAUUGCGACCGCCGUGCCCGUCAUCAUCUCCAGAGCAUUGGAGAUGUUCUUGAAAUCCUUCCUGAUGAAGACCAGUCAGAUCACUCAGUCAAAGCACAGUAGGGUGAUGUCAAUAGCCCACAUGAAGCAGUGUAUUGAGUCGGAGAAGCUCUUUGACUUUCUGAAGGACCUGGCAGAGCAGGCCACCACCCCUUCCGCACAGAUAGAGGUUCGCACCAGGGGGACAUGGCCGACCCACAGGAAGAAAUGGAAAGACCUCUCUGUCAAAGGAAAGCAAUUUGGCACUACAGAGAGAAGCAGGAGAACUAAUACUGACCCUUUUGAAGACAUGGAACACUUAGACUAGAUUUAUUUUUGUUGUGGAGGACUUUGGCUUGAAGCUUUGGAACACACAUAGAUCAGCCUUGUUGAACAGGUGACCUUCUGCUGUGGAUGUUAUACACGACACCUUUCGCCUUUAUCAGGAUGCUGUAGCGGUGCUAAAAUUAUUGAAUAUACUUUUUUGCUUUUGUAGGAACAAGCUUUAGAGUUAGAUUUAUCUGUAUUGUCAAGGUGAUUCAGUAUAAUUAGACUAUACUUUUGUAUAAUCUUGUUGGAGAAGAG